AUGGCGGAGCCACCAACGGAGCCCGCAGAAAUCGGGCACGAGGUCAUCCGUUCUUCUUCGGAGAAGAUCGCCAAUUGCAACAAGACUGGAGAUGUCGCAAACACGAAUACAUCUCCGGUGAAUGUUGCCGCAGAAAAGACCACCAGUGUCUCUUCCACCGUCCAUGAGGAGCGAGCGAACGAUGAGACAAAAGAUGAGAGGCCCAAGAACAAGAAACACCGCGGCAAGGAUAAAUCUAGCAAAGAGAAGAUCCAAAAGAUUAAUCUGAUCGGAAGCUCUUCGUCAGAUUCCGAGACCCCGGCGCCUCCUUCUUCCUCUGAUCAUAUUGACACGAUCGUCUUUGAAACAGCUCGUCGCAAACUUGAGCCAUUUGAUCCCAAGACAAAGACACACAGCAUAAGCCAAGAUUCAAAGAACCGCAAGAAGCAUAUGCAGAAGAAGGCAAAAAAGAAACAGUUCCUCAAGGCGAAGGCCAAGUCGCGCAAACCAAAGCAUUCGAAUAAGAGUUCCGACGACAGCACAAGCUCUGAAGUAGAAUCCGUGGAAUUCGAAAAUGAUGGCAUGGCUGCAAGUCUGGGCGUGGAUCAAAAGGCUCUUCAAAAAGUUCUCGCUGGACUAUUGCUGCAAAAGCAUGCCGUCGACUCCCGACCUCAGCCCGAAGAAGGCUGUAUCGAUCAACAGCCUGAUAGGGUAUCGGGUAAAUCACCGGCCAGGAAGAAUUUGCUGUCCGAAAUUGCUUUCAAACGUGUUGAUCAGAUCUGGGAUAGUACGACUCACAACUUUAAGCUCACGGAAACGGCCAAUGACCCCGACGCCGGAAACUGGGAACAAUACAUCUUCACUGUCCGACGCAAUUUCAAUUGGGAAAAUCAAUAUCUGGAGACGGUUGUGGAGAUCAGGAGCAAGUGUCUCCGUGAUGCCCUCGGAGAGAUUCUGGAUGGAGUCAAAGGCGUGAGUUUGGUGCAGGAACCCGCCGCGAUAGAUCCCAACAUGCUGUUCCUCUACCUCGAGGAGACUCGUCAGCACAUGAAGGGGCUCAAAGAGAAGGCUCGUUUGGAGGAGAGAAAACUACGAAAGGCUGCCGUUACAAAAGCUGCUCAUCUGGAGCUUUUGAUCGGAUAUCUGGAUACCGAUUACGCAGAUGUCAAAAAGAUGCUCAUUCCGUUACUGGAGGCGAACACAAUUACCUUUGACCUUCUUUGGGCGCUCUACAAGCCUAAUACAAUCGUGUACACCACGACAUACGAGAACCAGGAUGAGCCCCGCGCGUUCAAGAUCGAGUAUGCGCAGAAGGAGUCAUCCUUUCCGCGCGGCCAAUGGUACAACGUGGAAGGCCGAUACCUUGAAUAUGACGGCAAGAGCUUUGGCUUCGGUGCUAUAACAUCCGAGGUGGAAUUCUUCAAGGGAGCGCGAAAGAUUACCAGUCUAGCCUGCUAUCCCCUGCAGUAUCACCGCGAUGCUGACACACUGCGAGCUCGAUUGAUUGAGCGUGGUAAGCGUUUCGUAGCUCUUCAGGGCAUGAAUUACUGCUUCUACAAAGGCAUGGCUUUUUACGAGAAAAAAAGCCCCGUAGCCAUCAAGGUGAACAUCGAAGGAAGAAUUGUGAUCGAUCCGGCGACUCAUCGACGUAUCAACCCGAAUUAUCCUGUCGGUACAUUUCCGUCUGGGAACGCGGAGUCGUUUGAUGCGCCUGAUGCACGAACGAGUGACGGCCUGCGCUUUGAUAGUGAAAAUCGCCAUUUAAGCGAUGGCUUCAACUCUGACAUCAAUGAAGGAAGCUCACCCGUGACCCUUCACGGCCAAUGCAAAUGGAUCCAAGACGCUGAGAAGACUGCUCACCUCGUUGCCACUGAGUUUGACGAGGACUGCGAUGAAGCUCAGCGGGAGAAAUUUGAUCGUCUUGAAGGAGACUCCGCUAACGAUCCUGAGGAUCGUCACUUCGCCGACGAGGAGCUUCUUAUCACCAGCUCCGUUGUCUUCGGCUUUUCUUUCAACGAGAAGCUUUGGCUUGAGUUCACCGUCUCCGGAGUUAGCGACAUCAAGUGGAACGCUGAAGCCUUUGAGUCGCUCGUCCUGCCCGAAGAUCACAAAACCAUUGUCAAGGCCUUGGUCGAAUCGCACACCUUCCAUGCUGCAGAGAACAUUGAUGAUGUGGUUCAAGGCAAAGGCAAGGGUCUCGUGGCGGUGCUUCACGGUCCUCCCGGUACUGGUAAAACCCUCACGGCCGAAGGAAUCGCGGAUCUGCUCAAACGACCUCUGUACAUGGUCAGCGCGGGUGAGCUAGGAACAGAUCCCCACACUCUGGAAGCCGAGUUGAACAAGAUUCUCGACGUCGCACACUCCUGGGGCGCAGUGCUGUUGCUCGACGAGGCAGAUGUGUUCCUAGAAAGGCGGACUACCCACGAUAUCCACCGCAAUGCACUCGUUAGCAUCUUCCUGCGUCUCCUGGAAUAUUUUCAAGGUAUUCUCUUCCUGACUACGAAUCGAGUGGAGGCGUUUGAUGAUGCAUUCCAGUCUCGCAUCCACGUUGCACUGCGUUACGAGGAUCUCACCGUGGAGGCAAAACGCCGUGUGUGGAAGAUUUUCCUCGAUCGAGUCCGCACCAUUGGAGGAGCCAAGGUCGCCGACUUUACUAAGGCUGACUACAACGUUCUCGCUCGGCAUACCUUGAAUGGUCGUCAGAUCAAAAACUCAGUCCGCACCGCGCAGGCACUUGCCGUAAGUGAAGGCAACGCCCUUUCAAUGAGUCACAUAGAACGUGUGCUCGAGGUUGCAAAGGCCUUUGACCAGGACCUCCGAGGUGGGUCUGGGUAUCUGGAUGCUAUGCGUAGCUACACCUAA